AGAGCAGAGCAGCUUUGGAUUUCUUUGAGCUUUUUUUUUUUUUUUUUUUCCCUCUCUGGUAGUUGGACUGCUGCCAGUGUCUUGCAGGGCCAAAGUUUUAUCUAUAGGGAUAUAUUUUUCAAACCAGCCCAGCUGCACGCAGACUGCCUGCAAUUGAAUCCACACUCCUGGGGCAAGUUUAACUCGGGAGAGGAACAGCAGCAGGGGUGCUGUUUGUGCCUCUCCUCCAGCUAUUCCUGUCAAGAUGGAUUUAUGGCUUUAAAAGGAGGGGGGGGGGGGAAGGAAAAUUGCCUACAGGAGCCAGAGCUUACACCACAGCCCAGCAAAACACACAUAAAGCAGCGGUCGGAUCUCAAGGCAUGAGCAGCAUAAAAGUGACGCUCUGGGAUCUGGUGGAUCCUUGCACAUAAUAUGACUGAUCUUAAGCCUUUAAUCUGCCUUCACAGAGCCGAGCUUUUGGAUUUAAGGUAGUUUGCCCAGGACCAGACUUUGCUAUGUUGGCCAAGACAGUGCUUUCUCUUGGUCUGUGGCUGCAGUUUGCUGUGGGACAGAACACACCUGAGAGAGGUCCCCAGCUGUCUGUUUCCAAUUCAGAGGGAGACCUCCUCUUCUUGCUGGACAGCUCUGGCAGCGUCUCCUACUAUGAGUUUUCCAGGGUCAAGGAAUUCAUGUGGGACCUCGUGCAACCUUUCACCUUUGGCCCCAAAGAUGUCCAGACCAGCAUCAUCCACAUCAGCACUACACCCACCAUGGAGUUCCCUUUCGACCGGUACCUGUCUAGUGGGACUCUGCAACAAGCCAUCCGGGACACUCGGCAGCUCAUGGGCGACACCAACACAGGCAAAGCACUUUCCUAUGCCAAGGAGAAGUUCUUCAGUGAUGAAGCUGGUGCCCGGCCAGAUGUGCCCAAGGUGCUGGUUUGGGUGACAGAUGGUUUCUCCACUGAUGACAUCUCUGAACCCAUGCAGCUCCUGAAGGACAUGGGAGUAACAGUCUUCAUCGUCAGCACUGGACGGGGGAAUUACCUGGAACUCUCUGCUGCUGCCAGCCAGCCUCCUGAGAAGCACCUGCACUUUGUGGAUGUUGAUGACCUACCCAUCAUCACAAAGGAGCUUCGAGAUGCUAUCCUAGACGUUAUCCAAGCAAAUCGACUCCAUGCAGUGGAUAUCACCUCAAGCAGCUUCCGUCUGAUGUGGCCCAAACUCCUCUCCCAAGAAACUGGCUACUACACCCUGGAGUAUGCCCCAACAGAUGAUCUAGCAAGGAAGAGGACAAAGCAAGUGUCUGGGGCUCACACUAGCAUCAUGCUAAGCAACCUUGCACCAGAAACUACUUAUGAGGUGGCACUCAUUCCUGAAUCCAACGUCCACUACUUCCCUCCCCAGACAACAAGGGUUACUACACUGGCAGAGGAAAUAAGCCCAGCCCAGGUUCUCAUCUCAGAGUCUGGGCCACACAGCUUCCAUGUUAGCUGGGCUCCUACACUGGACAACGUGAUCGGCUAUCAGAUCCUGUACGGACCGCUCCCUGGGAACUCAGCGAAGCUGCUGGAGGUGGAUGGCAAGCAUAACAGCACUGUGGUGGAGAAUCUGGCACCCAAUACGACCUAUCUAGUGACAGUGACUGCAACCUACAAAUCGGGAAAGGAGAGAUCCCUGUCAGCUAAAGCGUGCACUCAGGAAGAGGGCUCCAAAGUGAGGCACCUUCGCUUUGAGGACAUGGGCCCCAACACCCUGAAAGCCUCCUGGGAUGCCGCCGACGGGAAAGUCCUCGGUUACAGAGUCAGAUGCCGGCGGCAAACUGGCCCUUCAUCUGUCAUCAGCGUUUCGCCGCAGAUCCACAGCGUGCUCCUCACAGACCUGGCUUCAGGCACCACUAACAAAGUGUGUGUGAAGCCCAUGUACAAGAACCAGCCAGGCAAAAGGCUAUGCCGCAUGGUGCACAUGCAGCCAGGUGAGCUGGGGUGCAAGGCAGAAUCCUGGGGCAUUUUAGCCAAGGGAAAGUGUCCCGAAGGGCACUGAGGUGCUGGAGAUCCAACACGGAGGAGCCCUCAUGGCUGAAAUACUCUGUGCUCAUCAGCUACCUUGCCAACAGGGCUUCAUCACAGCUAGCAGCCCACAAGGUACUGUCCAAGGAUGGGCUCUUCCCCCCAUUUUUAAGAACAAUACUCCUCCUAGUGGCAUUCUGUUUGCAGGCAGGAGAAAACGUGUACAGUGGAGACAGUCCUGCAACUACUUCGGGAUAACAAGGCGGGAAGACUGCUAAAAGCUGGCAUGGGCAUUGGAAGUGCUGUUUAAAAGUCAUUUGGACUCUUGGCUACCCUUCACUUUUCAACGUGGCAGGGACAAGCUAACUAUUAAACACAGCUACUGAGGCACAACACAUCUGUUUUCCUCCUUCCACUACCCAGAAGCCACUUACUGUCAUGAAACACAAAGGGAUUUUUAGGCUGAAGUGAAGUAAGAGCUAAAAAGCUGUGUGACAGUGCAGCAGCACAGCCUUUUUCCCAGCAAGAGGCUGGGGCGAUAGUGAAGAUGACCACAGGGAUGAGAUCUCUGACUCAGUCUGAUUUGGAGAAUGGGUGGAUAAAGCUGACAUUAUACUUUUUGUGUUCUUCCCAGCUACAGAAGCCCAAGAAUAUAAGCACAGACAGAGAGCAUGACAGACUCUGGAGUGAAGUGAUUCCCCGCAGAGCAAGGAAUCUUGCUUGGACAAAGACUUCGGCAAAAAGGAGGGGUCAGGGGAGGAAACCAGAAAGCUCACAGAUCAUCUCCCAGCCUGCGCUGUCUGUUGAGGUGUCCUGGUUGUCAAGCCUAAAAGUUGUCCUCAGCUAAGUUCUCCAGAAGCUUAAAGGUUUGGCUUGGCUGGGUGGAACAACCAAUCUGACUAAUAGAUCCCAAAUCUGUACCCUCUUUUAUAUAAAUAGGCCUGACAAAUAACAAACAAUGGGCAAAGUGAUGAAUCCUCACUAUUGCUUGCUUACUGCCUGUUCUCUAUUUAUUAAAUGUUGAUACAGUUUUAUUUUUGCAGCUUAUGAGCAUGUUCAAGACUCAGCUGUUUACUGCACUGGCCUUUCAUUGUAGGCACCUGCACUCAGAGAAAGAUUACACGCGGCCAAAUCCGUUCUUGCUGUCAACGGCCAUUGAAACUGAUACGCUUGACAAAGAGCAGCUUUCCUCCAACUCAUCCAGUCUACUCGACAGGUAGCUCAAAUUAGGCAUCCCAAAAGUAUAGCAUGGAAGGACGGAUGGAAGGAAAAAGCAUUAGGAGAAAGAAGAAUAACAUAAUACAAAAGUGUACAGUAUGCAGAGGAGAUUGGGUCAAAGCCACCAGGAUUUCUAGGAGGAAGAAAAGAGGUUGUUAACCCACCUGGCCUUUGGUCAGGACAUGGACACGCUUUAUAAAAGACAUCCUGCCUUUUAUAAAGUGCACGGACAGUUUAGUGUUCCCAGGUGGUCUUCGGUUUAUGGCAGAGCUUGAUCGGUGAACUCUGAGAAACGGAACGAUAGGGCGAUGCCAGGCCAGGGCUGAUGAGCAUUGUCAGAGUGCUCUAGCAGAAAAGUUUGCUCGCUGUCUGCCUGCUGAAUUCUUGAGUCUCAUCAACACUGUUCCACUCUCCCUCUGGCACUGGUGUUAAACCCAUCUGCUGCAAUGACAUACAAAUCCCAGCUGGACUUCGAAGGGUUCAGUUCCCCCAAGUCAUUUGCCUUGGGUAUCAAUCUGAAAGAGCAGGAAACUAAAAAAUUUGGGAAUUUCCUUCCCCACCAGGUUACUCUAGAGCUCUCAGCCCUGAGCUGAGCUCAAGGAGCAGCAGUGAGUCAAGAAAAGCCAGAAAGCAAGACCAUCUAAAGCAGUUAUUUUUCUUUCUCAUUCAAAUACCUGCCUCCAAACAACAGUGCAGUACUGCCUGGAUCAUGACCACUGAAUUACUGUGGCAUACCUGCCAUCAGCUUCACCAAAUUGGAUGUGAGUCUUGCUAUCGGAGUAGCUGUAUGGAGAUUAAGUAGCCUGUUCUGUGACUAAUUGUGGACAAUAAGUUUCCAGCACUAUCAUUCCAGGCUCUAUCCUCUGCACUCCGAAAACACCUAGCACAUCUUUACUGUCUUAUCCUGGGCUUCUACCCAGCACUAAGCUUGAGCUAUGCUUUAAAAUCAGGUUUUUAGGGCGGAGGAGUAAAUCUGGCUUGAAUCUGCUGUCACUAAGCUACUCUUUUGAAAUGGGAGAUGAAAAAAGAAUUACAAUUUUAAUACCUAGUGACAAAGUCAUUGGAGCAGCAUGGUUCAAAAAUUCAGGGCUUAGGGCUGUAAAGAAAUGUAUAUACUUCUCUGGUAACAAAACCCAGCAUCAGUGGGAACACCUUCCCUCAGUAACGCUUGCUCUAUUUUAAAUUUAUUGCUUAUUUGUCCUACAUGUGGAACUUUUUUUUAAAGCUGUGCUGUAUGUUGGGGAGCCCCCACGCAGUGUCACUCUAUCCUGCAAACCCUCCAUUAGCUCUGCUUAUGGAUUUCUUAAAACAGCUUCUUUUGGAGCCAAGAGGAACUUUGUCACUUACCUUGUCUCCUGCGUGCUGAUUCCGUCAUGUCAAGGUUCAUGGAGCAUUUGCCUUGGGCUGUCAUCUUGUACAGGAGGAAGGGAUCAGAGGGAGGCGAGUUAUUCAUUAACUCAAUAAGAAGAUUUCAUAUGAUUUGUGUUUUCCUUUGGAAUGUGCAUUUGUGACUCAUUAAUCUGAAUGGAGGCUCUGUGCUGAGGGGAAGAUAAAGCCUCUAGAAGCUCUCAUGCAAUAAGAUAAUGUUGUUCGUUCUUGCUGUAGGACAGAAAUUAAUUUUGCACAACUCCCUGCAUAGUUUACUAAUACAUUAACGUGUCACACACACCCUCCCCCCAUUGUAAUGCAUUCUUUUGAAGACAAUUAAAUAUAUAAUACAAGA